AUGGACCGAAAUAGUUAAAUAGCCCAGCUCAGAUAACAUUCCGCCGACGGUAAUCGUUAGCAUAAAACGCAUAAGGAGUCUCAGCUGAAAUGAAGAUGCAAUUCAUGGUGCUUCUUGUCAUUUUCUUAGAAACAGCAGAGAUAAAACUCGUAAAAACAACAUGUCCAGCUUCGGUUCCAACAAUUCGAUAUGUAUCGUCCUGUCCCAGUAAUGAAGAGGCAUGGAAAAUAGCCGAAUCAAAAAAGAAUUGCAAAAGUUUAGCUGAUAUUCAGAAAUGUGUUGCAGAUCCCUCUAAAUUUAAGUAUCACUGUCUUGUGAACAGCUAUUUGAAUGCAACUUUAGAAGUGUGUGCACCAAUCCGGUUUGCCUCAGGUUACUGUGCCGAUUUCAAUACCCUGCAAAUAAAAGUGACGGAAAAUUAUAAUAUUGACUGUACAAAGCUAAAUCCCGCAUGUCCUCAAAGAUAUGUAUCUACAGAUAUAUAUAAAUACCCAUCCUGCUACAAACUGAAUGAAAAUCAUGACAAACUGCAAAUUCCACUCAAUCAGCUAAUACAGCACAGUGACAGACUUUUCAACAACAACGUUUGUACACAACACAAAGGGAAAAACGAGUUUGAGGAAAUUGUUGUUAAUGACGUAUGA